CAUGUGCUAGUUGUUGUCUUACACAUGCUUCGAGCAAAGUGCGUUUUCUUCAUACUUCGUAAUUUAACCAUGUCCAGUAAGAAUGUUUUUGUGCCAAGAAUAAAUCCAGUUACGGGCGAAUCGGAAUGGAUCCCCCAGAAUGAGAAUUAUGAUUACUACCAAGAGAUAGCAAGGUCAGCUUAUGCAGACAUGCUGCAUGAUACAGAAAGGAAUAAGAAAUAUGAGUUGGCAUUGAAGAAAGCUAUAGACUGCAUGCACUCUCAGGGAAAACCUGCUAAUGUUCUUGACAUAGGAACUGGGACAGGGUUACUCUCUAUGAUGGCUGCCAGGCAUAGAGCUGAUAGUAUUACAGCUUGUGAGGUAGGUUAA